GUUGACUCGGCUCAGUAACUUUUCUUUAGCUCUGUAGUUAUCCCACAGGGAGACCUGUUCCUCUCGCUGCUGCAUCUGAAUGAAAAUUUAGGACCCUCAGGCUACUUUGAAGCCCCAUUUUUCUCCUCCCAUCUUCUUUGAACUCUUCAGGAAUCUGGAGUAUUCUGAUCCCAAGCCGGGGCAUCUUUAAUUUUUUGAAGGAAGAAAAAAAGAAGAUGUUUAAAAUUCAGUUCCUGCUCUUCAUUGUAGGGAGCAUUCCCCUCUGGGCACUCGCCGAAGAAGCAAGCACAAUCUUCCCAGAUGAACUAACCACAGCGGACUCCAAUGACGGGAGCUUCUACAAGCCUGAAGAUCAUCUGACUGUGUUGCCCACAAAACCCCACAGUAUUCCAGAGAACUACAACCUUGAAGAGCUUCUGACCCCAGAAAGCACUCUCCCUGACAAAGAAACUCCAAAUUCAACAGACCCUAAUGUCCACGUGGACCAGCCUGACGAAGAGGUGGGCGGAGAGCCAAAGACAUCAGCCGAAAAAGAGGGCUUGGAGACGGUAACCCUGGUGGGAAUCAUCGUUGGAAUCAUACUAGCUAUUGGCAUCGUUGCUGGAAUCAUUAUCGCGGUCGUGAGGAAAAUGUCGGGCAGGUACUCGCCCUGAAUACCUGAAGAAUCAAGUCAUUUUAUGCCAAUUUUUUCAGAGCUUCCUAUUUUAGACUGUUCCUGUGUCAGGGUGAGAAGCGACAUGUGGCAAUGCUAAGCCCAAAGUUCCAAACCCAUGGUGAUCUCACAGCUUUCCAGAGGAGUUUUGAACUGAAAAUGAAACAUUUCCUCAAACUUUGCUAUUCAAAGUAUAUGCUAUUCUGAAAAUUAUUUUGAUAAAUUCAAGUAGAUAGAGUAAUUUGAAGGCAAAACACACAUAGGAAACAGGAGAGUAAAAACAGGUCAUCCCAUUUGCCUCUAAAGUAAUCCAGAUGAUGUUGAAAUGAAUUAGGAAAAAGAGUAGUUUCUCAACUUUGAAGGUUAUUGUGAAAGUUGAAAUUAAUUGAUAAAUACUUUUACCAAUGGAGCAGAAUUAUGCGUCUGGUGAGAUGUCUUUAAAAAUGGUGUACUCAUCUCAAAGAACCCCAUCUGAUGUUGACCUGCUAAAAAUUACUCUUCCAAAGUUAGUCUAUAUUUUACAGUUUAUUUUUUAUAUUCAAAAAGUUCUGAAAUGAGAAGCUUUUGUUUGUAGGGAGCAAGGCAAAGCAAGACAAAGACUUGGAUUUCACAGAAGCAAGGCAAAGCAAGACAAAGACUUGGAUUUCACUGAACCUCCCACUUUGGUUAGUAAACACAAAGUUAGUGAGUCAGGGAGCAUAAUCAUUUUGCAGCAAAGCUUCCAAAGAGGACUUGCCGAGUGGCAUAAAUCAAUCAUCUAAUUAUCUAGCAAUUCAGCAACCAAGUACAAGCCUUUGCUUUGGAGAGAUGACCAGGGCCCAAUGAUGAAUAUCGAGUCAGAGAAUCAUUUCCAUCAAUCGAUCAAUGAUAUUUAUUGAGUGUUUACUAUGUGCAGAGCACUGUAUUAAGCACUUGGGAGAUUAAAGCAGAAUUAGCAGACACGUUCCCUGUCCAUAACGAGUUCACAGUCAUGUAGUGGGUAUCCUGCACGUCCUGCCCCAGAGACUUCCAUUCUGAGCCCAGUGAUAGAUCACAUUACUUACUGUUCUGCAAGACUCUCGACUGGAAGCUGAAGUCUGCUAAAUGCAGACAAUUUUCAGGGCAAAGGUUCAAUCAAUUGUAUUUAUUGAGAGCUUACUAUAUGCAGAGCACUGCUAAGUGCUUGGGAGAACCCAUACAACAGAAUUAGCAGACAUGUUCUUGCCCACAAUGAGCUUACGGACUAGAAGGUUGUUCUGCAGAGCAGUUUCUUUGGGCUUGUUGCCAAUGCACCUUCAAAGCAAAUAAAGGAUUAAAUUCCGUACCUUCACUGUUUCUCCACUUAAGCCACUGGGAGCUUUUUAAGUUGUGUAGGCAUCCCCACAUUGUUCAUAUUUACCAAAAAGUGGCCCUAGGGAAGUUGCAUAAGGUUAUGAGCUGAAUUGAGAAUGAUGUGACUGAAGAAUCCCAGCCGGGUGUAUCCUGCCCAGCACCGGUCACUAAUUUACUUGGGUUACGUUUGGUUCCAUCCCUGGGGUCAGUUGUUGGUUACCUCAUUGAUGCCGAUUGACUGAGGCAACGUGGACUGGCAAGUAGGCAGGGCUGGCCUCCAGGUUUAUCUCUCCUGCCCUGCUGGAGCCCACCGAUACAUAAUUUUCCCACCUUUGGGGAUUGAUUCACCAUUGGCAUUUUGCCCAUGUCUCAUCAAGGAAAUAAUUCUGUACUUGUAUCUUUGUUAGGGAAAAGAGUCUGCCAAUUAUCCUGUAUUUACUUAGUCCUAUCCCUGAUAGCUGAGCCGUGGAAAAUAAGUACAGAUGGUGUCAAAGUUUAACAGCAUCUGGAUGAAAACUGUUAAACCUAAUAUCCUUAUUACUGACCAUGCAUUUAAGUUAAGACCCUAAGUGAAAAUAUUCCUUUCCCUACUUCAACUAAGGGCUCUGGGAUGUUCUUUUAAAAGAGCACAUGGAUUCCUUUCCUAUUCACUGCAUCCCUUCGGGGGUGAUUUUCUCCCUUUGGAACUUAGAUGACUCUGUGCAGAAUACAAAGAAGUCUGUUCCCAGAAAGCAGAGCUUUUGCCUGGACUUUGGGCUGGAGCAAUUGGGUGAUAUUUAGACAGAAGGACACUUGACUAAUAAAUAUGGAAAUGUACUGGGGAAAAAAAAACUUGACUGGAUAAAGAGAGCUUCAGGUUGAAGCCUGAUGAGUUUGCAAAGAGCAACUACUCUACUUCCUUCUUCAAAUUCCUGACCAGGACUUUGGAAUAAUCAAAUGGCUCCUGUUUUUCCUCCCCUCUAUUUUGCUUCCACCCCACUUCCAAAAGAGAAAAAUGGAACCCAAGUUAUACACUGGACCCAGUGCCUGCUGGGACAGGACAGUGGGUAAUUUAAUCAGAGUUGUGUUGAUGCUCAACACAGUGUAGACACUUGUUCAAAUAAAGCGGAAAUUGUGUACCAAAGUGA